AUGUCAAGGUAUCUCAGGCAGUCGAGCCAGCUCGCGCGGCUGGUGCGGACCUCGCAGCCGCACAGGCUGCAGAGGAUCCUGCAGCCAUCGACGCUGCCGCGGUCCACGAUCGCCACCGUCUCCCGCUCGGCUAAGCUGUCGUCCACGUCCCCGAUCCGGAGCAGCACAUCGUGGCGGCCGUACUCGACGAAUCACCGGCCCGACCCCGACGACAACAAGAACGAGGCUUCCGAGAAGGAUGUGAAGAAGUCGGAAGGGGAGGAGGGAGAGAAGAGGAAGAACGACUUCUACAUGCCCCUUCCCGAGAACUGGGUAUACCUUUCCAAGUCGGAGCUGGAGCAGCUCGCGCGCUUUACCGAGGUGCUCCCGCCCGCCCAGCAGGAGAGCAUGCGCAACGUCCUGAAGGACAUCGAGUUCACCGGCGUGCCGAUGGACACGCGGGACAUGCUGCAGAAGAUGCGCGAGGGUUCUGGCCGCCUGUCCAUCAUGGACAAGGGCCGGCUGCUGCGCUCCGUCGUCCACACGGCCUCUCGCGUGGCCGAGUACCAGAUCAAGAGGGACGAGCUAGGCGGCAAGCCCUUCAACGGCUUCCAGAAGAACGACACGCCCGAAGACCACAUGCCCGACCAGUCCAGGGAGACCGGCGAGCGCCGCAGCGCCGAGGAGCGGCAGCGGCAGCAGCAGGAGGGCAGGUCGUCGUCGCAGCAGGAGGGCAGAUCCGAGGCCGACCGCCAGAAGCAGCAGCAGAACCCUCAGCCACCCAGCGGCGGCUGGACGGAGGCGCUCCAGUCCGUCAUCGUGAUCCUCUUCGUGCUCUGGAUGUGGGAGACGUUCAUGGGCGGUUCGAACCAGAAGGAGGUGACGUGGGAGGAGGUGCGGACCAAGCUGCUGGACAAGGGGCUCGUGCAGGAGUUCUCGGUCCAGGGCCCCCUCGUGCGCGUGAUGCUGCACCCCGACGCGCAGCCCCUCAACGGCGCGCCGCCGGGCACGCAGUACGUCUUCACCAUCGGCUCCGUGGAGCUGUUUGCCAAGAACCUGGAGCAGGCGCAGGCCGAGCUCGGCAUCCCGCCGGACCAGCGGAUCCCGGUGCGGUACGACUCGGGCGGCACGACGCUGGGCAGCCUGUUCCUGGCGUUCGGGCCGACGAUCCUGUUCAUCGGACUGAUCCUGUGGACGCAGCGGUCGAUGGGCGGCGGGCGCGCGGGCGGGGGCGGCGGCGUCUUCAACUUUGGCAAGAGCAAGGCCAAGAAGUUCAACGCCGAGAGCGCGGUCAAGGUCAAGUUCUCGGACGUGGCCGGCCUGGAGGAGGCCAAGGUGGAGAUUAUGGAGUUUGUCAGCUUCCUCAAGCACCCUCAGAAGUUUGAGAAGCUGGGGGCCAAGAUCCCGCGGGGCGCCAUCCUGGCCGGGCCGCCGGGGACGGGGAAGACGCUGCUGGCCAAGGCCACGGCGGGCGAGUCGGGCGUGCCCUUCUUCAGCGUCAGCGGGUCCGAGUUCGUCGAGAUGUUCGUCGGCGUGGGGCCGUCGCGCGUGCGUGACCUCUUCGCCGAGGGCCGCAAGAACGCGCCGUGCAUCAUCUUCAUCGACGAGAUCGACGCCAUCGGGCGGGCACGCCAGGAGAGCGGCAAGGGCUUCGGCGGCAACGACGAGCGCGAGGCCACGCUGAACCAGAUCCUGACCGAGAUGGACGGCUUCAACACGCGCGAGCAGGUCGUCGUCCUGGCCGGCACCAACCGCGCGGACGUGCUCGACAAGGCCCUCAUGCGGCCCGGCCGGUUCGACCGGCACAUCUACAUCGACCGCCCCACCAUGAAGGGCCGCAAGGAGAUCUUCUCGGUCUACCUCAAGAAGAUUGUCACCAACGAGGACCAGGAGCACCUGAUCGGUCGUCUGGCCACGCUCACGCCCGGCUUCUCGGGUGCCGACAUCUCGAACGUGGUCAACGAAGCAGCUCUUACUGCGGCUCGUGCCAAUGCGGAUGACGUGAAGAUGAUACACUUUGAGCAGGCCAUCGAGCGGGUGAUUGGCGGACUGGAGCGCAAGUCGCUGGUGCUCAAGCCGGAGGAGAAGAAGACGGUGGCGUACCACGAGGCCGGGCACGCCAUCUGCGGGUGGUUCCUGGAGCACGCGGACCCGCUGCUCAAGGUGUCCAUCAUCCCGCGCGGGCAGGGCGCUCUGGGGUACGCCCAGUACCUCCCCCAGGACGCGUACCUGAUGAACACGAACCAGCUGAUGGACCGGAUGGCCAUGACGAUGGGCGGGCGGGUGUCGGAGGAGCUCCACUUCCCGACGGUGACGACGGGGGCGAGCGACGACUUCCGCAAGGUGUCGGCGAUGGCGCGCAACAUGGUGACGGAGUGGGGCAUGUCGCAGAAGGUGGGGCCGGUUCACUACGAGAACGACCCGAACCGCAUGGUCAAGCCGUUCGCCGAGUCGACGGCGCAGCAGAUCGACCAGGAGGUGCAGCGCAUCGUCGAGGAGGCCUACCAGCGCUGCAAGGACCUGCUCGUGGCCAAGCGGGAGCAGGUCGGGCUCAUAGCCGAGGAGCUCCUGCGCAAGGAGGUGCUCGUGCGGGACGACAUGGUGCGCAUCCUAGGCAAGAGGCCAUUCGAGGAUAACAACGCCGAGUUUGAAAAGUACUUUUCCGGCGGCAAGGAUCAGGCCGAGGGCUCGUCGGGUUCGACACCGCCUCCUCCUCCCCCUCCUCCGGUCGAGGGUACGACCUCUACGGAUGAGCCUACACCUUCUCCAGCUUUCAAGGAGAUGGAGAAGAGGUGA